AGUGUAAGCUGUCAGUCACCCUUGUAAACCCAACAACAACAAGAAGAAGCUCAAACCUCGGUUACAAUGCACACACUAUAUAUCACCAUUGGAGAUUAAAUAUGAGUAGUGUGAGGGUGGACGUACAGUGGUCGCCAGUUGCGGCUGACCAGUUCCUCACAUGGGGGUCUGACCUGCAGCUAUACCAAGUUCAAGACAUUGUCCCAAGUGAAACUGUGCAGUUGCCCCGUGUUGCAUUUUUUUUUUCAGAAGGUAAAUUAUGUGCCACAGCUAACACCAAAGCUGUGUAUGGAAUCUGCGCUGAUGUCCACAAUGAACAUCGCUUGGCUUCAUUUUCUGAGAAUCAGGUUUCUAUUUGGGAUUUAAGAAGCAUAGAACGACCAGUACUGUACCUUGAUGCAACAAAGCCCAUUACCAAAUUGUCAUGGUGUCCUUCAAGAGUUGGUUUGUUGGCUUCACUCAGUCGAGACAGUGCUGCAGUACGAAUAUAUGACAUUCUCCAUUACACUCACGGUGGAGAGGAUCAGGAGCCUGCAGUAAUUACUCGAUCUAUCAACACUGACUCGAGUACUUACAUAUCUGCUUUUUCAUGGCAUCCGACACACGAGAAUCGUAUUAUUACCGCUUCUUAUACAGGAAAACUUGUUGACUACAAUGUUCAUGAAAGAAUUACCCUCAACUGGUCGGCAACAAGUGCCCUGAUGUGGACUAAUGGCAAGAAGAUGCUCCAGCAGAUAGACUGCCAGCACCCUGUGUAUUCUCACUUCGAUGACAUCUCAAUUGCCAUUAUGACUCGGGCUCAAAAGAAAUAUGGAUUACAUGUGGAAAACUUAGCCACUAAUGGAGAAGUAACAGAUGAUGUGUCCCUGCGAAACUUGUGGACCUGGUUGGAUGCAGCCAGAAGUUUAGUCUUAACUGGCAAUUUCAAGCUACCUGGAGGAAUGCCUUACAGAUAUCAAGGUGUAUGUGAAAGAGUCAGGUGGUGUGAAAAUAAAGACAAUACAAUGUUUUAUAAUUCUUAUCCUAGGUGUGAGGAACGUAGUCGUGCCCUGGAGCUGUGCUCGUGGGGGUUUGAGAACGAGACAGUACUUAAUAGCUUCUUAUCACAGUUAGAAGCUACUGGAAAUCACACUCGAGCUGCAGCAGUUGCAGUUUUUAAUCAGCGUUUAAAACAAGCCAUACUGAUAUUACAAAGAGGAGCAUCUAGUAAGAAGUUGCCAGCUCUAAACUCAACAGCAAUGGCUCUCUCAGGUUUCACAGAGGAACGUAAAGGCUUGUGGAGAGAAACGUGUGUGAACCUACGUACCCAGUUAACAGAUCCUUAUCUUCGUGCAAUGUUUGCAUUCCUCACUGAUGAUGCGGAUUCAUAUGAUCCAGUACUAGGAGAAACUGAAAUGGCAAUUGAAGAUAGAGUGGCUUUUGCUUGCACAUACCUCAGUGAUGUACGUUUGAUGGAGUACUUAGAAAAGUUGAAUACACAGCUCACAGAGGAAGGCAACUUGGAUGGCAUCCUACUCUCAGGUCUUUGUUCAGAAGGAAUUGAUCUGUUGCAGCGUUAUGUAGAUCUUACUGGAGAUGUACAGACAGUGGCACUGGUCACUAUACACACCCUCCAGCAUGCUAUGACUAAAGAUUCUCGCCUUUCUCAUUGGGUCCAGAGUUUUUCAAAUUUUUUAAAAACCUUGCGUCUGUGGAAAGAGCGUGCUCAGUUGGAUGUUAUAAUGAAUGAUAACAACACCAUGCAGAGCGACCCACCUCAGCAUAUUUACAUCACAUGCAACUUUUGUAAGAAAGCAUUUCUGCAUACAUCCAAGCCCGGACGACCAAGAAAUCCAUAUGCUAGAUUUGGCACUGGAUCAGCAAAUAAAUCUAAGAUGCAAGCAUGUCCAAACUGUAGGAAGCCACUCCCUCGUUGUUCUCUUUGUCUGGUACACAUGGGAACACCUUCGGGGUGGGGAAGCUCAAUACCUAAAAGUUCUGGUGGUGAAGAUAAUGCAGAAGGUGACUCCAGUACUCCCACCUCAGACACUGCUGUGAGGAGGAGAAAGCUCAGUAACUUCACAUCAUGGUUUACCUGGUGCCAGACAUGCAGGCAUGGUGGACAUGCACAUCAUUUGAUGGAAUGGUUCAAGGAGCAUACAGAAUGUCCUGUCACCUCUUGCAACUGCAAGUGUAUGUCAUUAGAUACGGUAAAUAAAGUAGCAUCCUCCUCGGUGUCUGUCAUGGCCAAAUAGUCAUACCAUUCUCAUAUUGGUCAUGUAUGUUUUGGUGCUAAAUUUAAUUUAUGAAAUAUGUUGAUUUAUGAUUAUGACAAACUUAUUGGAAUAUUGUCUUUCAACAGCACAUAAAAAUAAAAAUAGUUGUGGUGCAUGGGAAGUGAGAGAUUUUAAAUUAAUGUAAAGAGUUAGGAGUAAUCAUUUUGUUUACCUUACCCAAGACAUGUUAAACAUUGCAGUAGACACCAGUUAAUUCACAGUUUUAAACUCCUGAACUCACCAUGUUUUAGACAAUCAUUAAUUAUACAGGUACUGUACUUAGACAUAUAUAAUGGAAAAGGGAUUAAGGUCCUGAAACAACCUUCAACUCUCUCUCCACACUAAAGAGAUCACUGUUGGGCCUAAGAAAACUAGUGAUUUUAUAUUACUUGAAUCUGUCUAGGAAACCUUUAAAAGAGGCAGUAAUUAUUCUGUGGCACAGAGGCCUGGUAGAUUUCAUUGUAUUUAUUCUACCUUUUAAAUGUUAAUCCACUGUAGAAAGGAAUUCUCAUAGCUUGUGUUUGUCCUCAAAGUAAUCAAAACCCUUUAAUUUUCUAAAUAACUGGGCUUCCUCACCUCUUUACUCUGUGUUAUUCCUCUUUGUUUGUUUUUUUCAAAUCUGUAUAGGUUUCCUUCUCUUUAUGUGGUUUUGUAUUGUGUGAAUUCACUUAGGUUCUGAUCCCAUUUCCACCAGGAAUUUUCUAUGUGUGAUAUAGAUCUUAUGCAGUCACCAAAGCCCAUCAUCACUUGAUUUUUUUUACACUGUAACUCCUGCCUUGGCGGGAGACAGUCGUUGAGUUGAAAAAAACUCUAAAUUUCUCAAAACUGGU